UUUCAGGAAUUUUCGUUUGAUGAUGCCCAAAAGCUCGUUGCAUUGUAUGACGUAAUCGCAAAUAAAGUGAUUGGUAAUAUACAAAAUGUAAUCAAACGGUUUCGUGAUAUAAUGGACCGACAUCAGAAACAUCGAUUAGCUGAUGUGUUUGAUAAAAUAAUUGAUGCUAUUGCAAAUGUACCUAAAAACCUCAAUCUGAACAAAUACCUCGAAGAGGCACUUAAACAAUUUGGGAAAUAUAAUGAUUUACCAGAACCUGCAAAUAAACAGAUACAGGAAGCAAUACACCAUGCGAACAAAGUGACUGGUGAUAUCAAAAAGGAUGUCCUCGAGUUUUACAAU